AAUAUUACUUUGAUAACGUCAUCAUCGUUAUCGUAAAGCGAAUGAAAAAUAAUUUUAUUGAUAAUCGAUGGUGAACGAUUCGGGUAAUAAUCAAAAAUAAUGGAUAGCUGCGUUGUUGCUGAUGAUGUUCCUGAAACCGAAAAUAAGAUUCCAGAUCAGUCAAACUUUCAUAGGAUUUUGAUCGAUCAAUCGACUGAAAUGGAUUUGAACAUUACACAUCAACAACCAGCAUCUUCGAAUACCAAUACUAGUCAACAAACUCUAUCAUCAUCGAUAAAUGAUGAACUGCAUUGGUACCGCGUUAUGGAUAUCUAUCAUGCUACUUGUGAUAACAACAUUUGUCGCAAAACAAUGAAUGCUGAUGCAAACCUACAAAAUUCAGAAAUUUCAUUCACUUUAAAUUCAUCCGGUUCUGAUGCUAAUGUUAAUCCCAAUGUUUUAAAUAAUGUUAGUGAUGAUCGCAAUUCGAAGAAUUGCCGUCAUCGACAUCGCCAUCAUAAAAAUCCACCAAAUGAAUCUUCAUCCACAUCCUCUUCAUCAUCAUCACAAUUUUUGAUCAAUAAUAAUAAUACUUUUGAUAUACAUCUAGCUCAGAUUGAUAUAGAAACAUUUAAAAGUGAAGAUAUUCGAAAGAUUCCUUUUAAUCAACACUCAAUGAUGAAUGCGUCGAACGACGAUACUCUAAGAAUUGUCGAUUCAAUCAGUUCCUUUACGAAUCAUCUUCAACCACCUAUACAUUCAAAAGAUACAGCUCUAUCAAUAGAUAGUCUGGAUAUAAGUAUUGAUAAUGAUGAAAUCAAUACUGAAUUGAUUCAAAAAUGCGCCGAAAAAAAUGACAGAACUAAAUAUAAGAUCGCCAUGAUCGAUUCGCAAAUGCACGGAUCUACAUCAACUAAUCCGUUUCAACAAUCACCAUUGCCGUUGAUGAUGAAUGAUUCAUCUAAUCUUCAAUCACCAGGCACAUUGGUCAAAAUGUUUAUACAGAACAAGCAAUCUGUCAAUUCAGGUGAAAAUUCCAUGAUAUCAAGUCUAAUAUACGAUAAGAAAAAUAACAACAACAUCACGAACAAUAAUGACGUGCCCUCUAAAUUUGAUAAUUUAUUCCGAUUGAGUAGCAACAAUAAUAAUCAUGGAAAUUCUAUAGAAAAUGAAGGUUUAGAUAGUACGACCAACACUAGUUUAAAUACAAUCGAUUCAAAUGAAUUGCCAUUACAUGUUCUUGAUCUCAGCAAAAAAUUGCGAUCAUUAAAUUUAAGUGGUAACAGUAGCAAACAACAACAAUCGCCUUUGAUGAUGAAUAAUAACAAUAAUAAUAGCAACAUCCGAUAUGUUGGAUCGACAUCAUCCAAUACAACAUCGUUUGCAUCGACAACAACAACUUCCUCAUCCGCAGCUACAAAUGGUGAUGUUUACAGUAAACGCAAACAUCAGCAUAGACAGCGGAUGGUCGCAACAAACCCGUUUCUUAAUAUCAGUGAAACGGAUAGUAGUGGUUGUGCGAAAAAAACUAGAUCAAUGGCAACACAAUUUCCUGAUCUAUUUCAGGAUAAAGAAGUACAGGCAUCAUUCGAUGAUGAUGAAUCGGAAAUAAUGAAGGAGGCUCCUGUACUCGUUUAUUAUCCUAAUUAUUCGUUGCCAGAUCUAAGUUUUCUACAGGAAAUUUUUCAUCCAGAAAAUCAUGCUGUCUACUUAUCACCUGUCAAGCAUGAACCAGUCAAAAUAGCUACACCCGAAAUCAGCAAUGUAAAGAUGCGAACACAUACAAAUAUGUCAUCUAGGCGAAAAUGUCGACCAAAAUCCUAUACCGAUUACGAAACAUUAUUGAAUCAAGAUCUAAGUCAUAUAAAAGAUUGGGAUUCACUUAAUUUAUUAUUACCUGACGAUUUUCGUGAAUUUAUUGAACAGAAUAAUUUAUUAAAAUUGAAUCAAAAUUCAUCAUCAGAAAAAGAUGAAAAUCCUGGUCAAAGUGAUAGAAUAGCUAAAAAUAUUCCGAUUCCAAUCAAAACAAUGAUGCCGAAUAAUCAUAGAUUAUUUCAAAAUGGUGUUCGCAUGCGACCACAAUCUAUGCGUCAAAAUAUUAUGAAUCGCAAUAAACGAUAUUCAUUACAAGAACAUCAAUACAAUAAUUACAAUCAGAACGUAUAUUUCAAUGAGGAUAAAAAUUAUAAUAUAAAUCCAACAACAGAACAGCCAUACCAAUCAAAUCGUGGUGAAUAUGAUUUUCAUUCAUUUAUGACCCGUAGUCAAACAAUGCCUAAUUGUCAAACAAUGCCAUUCAAUACUCCACCACCUUCUUCGAUGGUUCCAGGUUUUUCCGGAACUUAUUAUCCAUUACCACAUUUACCACCAACUGUUCAUCAUCAUAGUGGUCGACAUCAAUCUAAUCCCAUUGCCUGUUACAAUGCAUGUUGCUGUCAUUCGGCUUGCCAUUCACCAUCGAUGGCCACUUCAUCAUCACAACAAUCCUCUCCUCAUGCACAAAAGCCACCACCAAAUCUUAAUUGGGAAUUACUUUCAUCAUCAACUAGUUUUAAGAAAUUAUUAUCAUUUUUAUCGAAAUUGGAUGAAUAUUCAUCCACGCAUUCCUCAUCAGCCGAUACAGCUACAAUCACUAGCAAUAAUGAAAAAAUUGCUUCGGAUGGCCACAGCAACAGACGAAACAACGUUCAUAAAACUAAAUCUCAUUCCCAGCGACAAACCAAUAUUAACGAUGAACCAAAUUACCAAAAGUCAGAGAACUUGGAACGAAAUCAUCAUAAUAAAAUUCUCAAUUCCAAAAAACAUUCGAAUACACGUAGUAAUAAUAAUAGAAAAACUACAUCGGCCAAUGUACAGACAAUGAAAAAUUCAAAAAUUAUAUUAAAACGACCAACUACUUUGCAUCGACAACAUUCAUCAGCAGCUUCAACAUCAUCGACGGCUAUACCAGUACCAUCACGGCGAAUUUCAUCAAUGAUACCAGUGUUGAAUAAAAAUAGCCAAAAUCAUCAUCAAAUAUCAUCAGGUCAAACGAUUACUGGUGGAAGUAACGGUUUUCGACAACAAACUAAUUUAAACAUGAAAAACAUGUCUCGGUUCUAGUCAAACACAAACGAAAAUUUUAAAAAUGAUAAUGUAUUUCUUUUUCUUUCAAAUUCUGUUUUAAUCUUUGUUAAAA